CAGAAUCAUAUGAACCAUACAAACAAACACACCCCAAACUAACCCAUGAAGCACAGCCCAAACAAACACAUGAACAACUAAACUCAUUUCAGCCUGAAACAAACUUUCAAACAUUUGAUCCGAACAACAUGACAGAAUGGGAUUAUUUGGAAGAACGUGAAGCUUUAAAGAAUUUUGAUUUUAGUCAACAUGACCAAUUCCCUCAAUAUUAUGGAAGAUUAGUUAACGAUAAUACGAUGGAUCCUGCUUAUUACAUCAACAUGUUUAAAAAUUCCAAAGCCUCUGGCAGUUCUAGCACAAAUCCUAAAAUGUAUACGACUCCAUAUGAUAGUAAACAAUUUUUAUCUGAUAAAAUUAUUAAGGAUUUUUCACGUUCGAGGUAUAUUGGGACUUCAUAGAGCGGAAAGACAUGAUGUCAGAAGUUAAAGUUCCGAUCAGGGCUGUACGCUAUUGCGGAUUUGUAGAUUGCCUGGUUUUUUGGACUUGCAAGUAUAUACAUAUAAGACGUAAUCUCCCAGCUAUAUUCUGCAAACUCCCCUGAUAUCUCGUUCGAUCCCUUGAGGUCCCUAAUCCUCAAUAUCUAUGCAAAUCACUUAUCUCAUUUGAAAUUACCAUUAUUCCGUCAACUCCCUUUAUAUUCCAAGGUUACCCCCUACAUACCCAGAUUGCUUAUUGCUG